AUGGAACGAACAUCCAGUCGGAGGAGGAUACGCAAACCUCGCGAUGAACUCCAAGAUCCUCCAAGAGUUUCGUCAGAGCUAUCUCGAACGGAUACGACGAGUGACAGAACGACCUUGUCAAGGAGCUGCUUGGCAUCUGUCAUCAUCUUCCUAAUUUUGCUGGUAAGUUUCUUGGGUGUCCCAAAGUCUCCGAACAUUGCGCACGAAAACCAGGCUGUGGAGCAGUCGCUUCACUCCGAUAUUGGUCAGAAACUGCAUCCCGAAACACAUAUUCAUCGGCCGGUGACGACAAUCCGCCUUAACUGGACGGUAACUGCAGCUUAUCUCCGUCCAGAUGGUGUGCUGAAACGCAUCUAUGUGAUCAAUGGUCACUUUCCAGGCCCUGUCAUCGAGGCGCGAUCUGGAGACCGUCUGAUCGUUGAUGUAAGAAAUGGCUUAGAGGACGAGGGUAUUUCGGUGCAUUGGCAUGGCCUGCAUAUGAGAGAUGCAAACCGAAUGGAUGGCACAACAGGGGUAACGCAGUGUGCUAUUAACCCCGGAGAGUCCUUUCUCUAUGAUUUCAACAUCUCCGAUUCGCAGAGUGGAACGUAUUGGUAUCAUGCUCACUCCGGCCUGCAGAGAGCAGAUGGACUUUACGGUGGAUUAGUGAUCCAUCGUCCUACCACAAAAGCCAUUCGAGGAAUCCAAUCCCCGAGCACAGAAUCAGAUAUUCUCAAAUAUGAUUAUCAAAAAGAAAUUCUCCUGCUAGUUGGGGACUGGUACCAUAGGCCAGCGAACGAUGUCCUGAAAUGGUACAUGAGAGCAGCAUCAUACGGGAAUGAACCUGUGCCGGAUUCUAUUCUCAUCAAUGGAGCCGGUCGCUUUGAUUGCGCCAUGGCAGUCCCAGCGCGUCCUAUUGAUUGUUCCAGUGAGAAUCUCAUGCCUCAUCUUAUAGUAGACCCUUCCUGGUCAUACCGAGUCCGAGUCGUGAAUACCGGAUCUCUUGCCGGGGUUUCUCUUCGGUUUUCCCAAGGGUAUAUACGCCUCACCCACGUUGACGGAGGCUUGGAGGCGCAGCAGUUAAUGCAGUCAAGGACAUCCAAUUCAAAGUCCAUUGGCGUCGUAUAUCCCGGUCAACGAGUAGAUUUCAUCCUACGACAUCCUCAGAACACCCGAGCAAAAUCCUCUCUGACUGUGGAGUUGGAUCCUGAAUGCUUCAAAUACCCCAACCCAGCACUUUCUUCUGUCCAAGCAUUUCCAAUAUAUAGCACAAACCCUAAUAGCAUCAAACCAUACAAUCCACAACCCUUAUAUCUCCCAUCAAAUGCGCACAUUAACCUCACUCAAAUAUCCUCCUCAUCGACUCUCCUCUCCGGCCUUCCGCCUGAAGCCCAGCGGACCUAUGUAAUAUAUACAAAGAUAUCCCAGAUGUCCAAGAACCAAAACGUGCCAUUUGGUUAUUUUAAUCACACGUCAUGGCGCCCACAAUCAGACCCUCCAUACCCUCUCGUCGCCCUUGAUCCACGCCAUUGGGAUAAAAACCAGUUCGCAAUUUCCACAGGGAGUGAGCCUGCCUGGGUUGAUCUUGUCGUUAACAAUCUGGACGAGGGAGCACAUCCGUUUCACCUCCACGGCCACAACUUCUUCGUUGUCACUCUCCAUUCCGCAUCUCGCGGCUGGGGUUCGUACAACCCGUUCAACCCCGAUCAACAGCAUCAGCAAUACCAACCCACCUCCCAAGAUCUUUCCAGAGCUCUGUUACGAGAUACAGUGCAGAUACCCCAACGGGGCCAUGCCGUCCUCCGGUUUCGUGCUGAUAAUCCAGGAAUCUGGUUAUUUCAUUGCCAUGUCUUGUGGCAUUUGGCGAGUGGAAUGGCAAUGGUGUUUGAUGUUAUGAACGCGUCUCAAGCAGGGAAGGACCAAGGACUGGUUAACGGGGGAAUCAAGGAGAUGUGUCGAUAUCUGUAG